CACUCCUGACGCGUCGGCCCUGGAGUUCUGGCUAUUGCCGAACACGCCCUAAACCCAAAAUCUCCGGCACACCAAAUCCUCCUCACCGCCGGCGACCAUGGUGCCGCAGCACGGCAUCCUCCUCGCCGUAAACCUCAUCUCCGACCACUUCGGCCCCCUCGUAGCUAAGGUGUGCGAAUGCCUCCUCCGCCACGGAGCGCUGCCGCUGCCGGAGAUCGUGCGCCGCGUCAGGCUCCCGCGAGGGCAGGUGAAGAACACGCUCCUCAUCCUCAUCCAGCACAACUGCGUCCAGGCCUUCUCGUCCCCCAAAGUGGCUGGCCGUAAGGACGAGCCGCCGGUGACGCUCUACCUGGCCAUUUUUGAUAAUGUCCUGCAUCGGCUGCGCUUCUCAAAGUUCCUCGCUGUCGUCCGUGCCGACAUCCCAGAGUCAGAAGAUCUUAUUGAGGGAUUGCUUCAGAAUGGUAGGCUGACAUUUGACCAACUUGUGGAACGCACCAUCUCUAAAGUGCAAGAUGGCACCAUCGGAAGGGAAGAAAUACGUUUGAACUUCAACAAACUUGUGUAUGCACGUUAUGUGGAACGUUGCCCAAAACCUGAACCUUUUUUCAAUCCACUCGGAGAUGAGGAACAAACAUCUGCGAGGAAAAAAGUUACAAAAACUGUUGAGGAGGCUCUUUCACUUGAGAAGAAAGUUAUCAAUACUGCAACCCUUUCUGACCCAGAGAGAUUUUCUGAGAUCCCCUACAGCAUGGAAGAUUGCACCGAAGAUCCUCCAAAACCCGUUUCUGGUGCUAAGCGGAAACACGGAGCCUUUGAGAUAGAUGAAGAGCUGAACUCAACAAUUCCAGAAAAUGAAGUACUUUGGCGGGCAAAUUUUGAGAAAUUUAUAUUCUGUCUAAAGAAGAAGUUUUGUGCGGACCGAAAGAAGUCAAAGCUGAAGGUUGGCACACAUAUUAUCUGGGAGUCGUUUUUUGAGGCCAACUUAACUGACAACGAUACCAACUCUGCGACAUCAUCAAUAAAUGGUAUUUUGGAGAAGCUAGGACAAAAGGAAGGAGGUGCAGCAAUGACACUCGAUCAGAUAACACAAGUUCUGGAGGAGUUACAGUGUACUACUUCCACUGAUGAUCCGGAAGCAUUUACUUUUGAUUUGCGCCAAAUGGUUGAAGCAUGUAAAAACGAGGAGAUUGAGUCACUUGUGAAAAAAACUUAUGGGCAAGAAGCUUUUACAAUCUUUAGGCUGUUGGCACAAGGUCGUCCAGUUGAGACAGAUCAGAUUAUCGACACAACAAUUCUGGACAAGCAGAUUGUUCAUUCAACUUUGUACAGAUUAUGGAAGGAUGACUACAUAGAUACAGCAGAGAAAGUUGGUUCCACACCAGGAACAGGGUACGCGCAGUUUUUUGUAUGGAGAGCGAAAAAUACAUUUCGUGAAAAGUACAUCGAUAAUCUCUAUCAUGCUGCUUUGAACUUGCGCUUGAUGGUGAACCGCAUGGCUGAACUUCUACUCGAGGGUUCGAUGGAUGAAACAAAGGUGAAGAACAGAAAGAACGUUUUGAUCCUAAUGCUGGCUAGACACGAUGACUCUCUCAUGCUGUUCCAUGGGUUUUGAAACCCUUUUGGAAACACUGGACCUGGUGUUGGGAGCCAAGUAAGAAUCCUACCGAUUCACUUGGUUCUUUGGUGUGUGGGCUAUAUAUACAAUCUAUAAUCAUACACAAUAGGUGCUCUAGAAUUCUCGUGCGUUACAAGUAAGAAGUGAACUUUUGCUUAUUCUGCUGGAUGCAUAUUUUGAUCAAGUCAGUGUGCCACAUAGUGUGCUGCAUCUAACCAUUUUCGUCAGGACUUGGCUGAGACGAGGUUCCUCCUGCACGUUUUUGGUAAUGACAGUAAAUUCGAUUUCUUUGUUUGACGCAUGUGUCAGUUUUUUAUUUUAAUCAUGCUCAGUUUAAGACCCCAGAUGUGCACAUCCCAUCUCUCUCGACCUUGACGCACUUGAGUACUGGGAUCUUUGUAAUAUCCAACGUGCGUUAGGGGAAAAUGCAUUUGGACCUUACCUUUUGUUUUCCACUCGUUAUCAUAGAUGUCAGGUUAUCCAAUCGUCAGGAAGGCGGAACACUUGCUGGCUAAAUGCCACUCCUACCGGCAGGUCGCGGAUGAUUGGAACGGAUAAUCGCAAUAAUUUGCAGCAAGUUGCCGAUGCUGCGCCACCCGGAACGGCCACCAUGGAACACCCAGAAGGGAGGUUGCAGACGCGUCGUCACGCACGUAUGACCAUGGACUUGUGCAAGCCGUACCGAGUGCGCCACCGUAUCUCACCCAUGUGCACACAUGCUUGAAGGAGCCUACAGCUAAUAUGGCUAAUGCAAUUCUCCGGCGGAGGUCAACUGCGGCAGUUAGCUGGAGACAAAUAAUCUAACGAACGAAAUCCACAAUAAUAACCCGCUGAUUGGGCCUCGUUCCCCGGGGAAUGUUCGACGGCGUACCAACCUCCACCGGCAACAGUGUGAUCGGGAGGAAAGGCUGUAUGCAACUGAUCCGCGUACUGCGUACAGAACUACAGAUAGAUAAAUUGUACUUGUGUAUGAUUGCGUCCACCCAUUGUACGUACGUACGUAUCUACACGAAGAGGUGGAAGGUACCGCUGACGGUGGUAGCGUGUAGCUUAUGCUCACAAUGCACGCGUCUCCAUUUCCAGGGAGUCGUCGUAUUUGUGUAGUCCAGCUGGUGACAAUAUCGCAUGCUGUUUGCUAGUGGCUUUUUUUUUUUUUUUUUUUUUUUUUUUUGAACACGGAGCGCCCCAGAGGGGCUAGAACCUUCAUAAAUAACGACGAUGCAGGUACAAGUUAUUACAAAGAAUCCCAGGAAAGUAGGAAAUUACAUAUGGAUCCCUAGUAUUUGUAAGAAGGACCUUGCUAAAAAAUAAGAAAAAGCAAUCGAGUCCUCCUUCUUCAUCGCGGAGCAACGAGCUCGGCACGCUGCUGCCAUGGACAUCGACGGGGACAUCACCACUUGUCUUUGUCCCGGCACAGCCCUCAGCGACCGAACUCGCAAGGGGCCUCACGGAGGAGGUUGAAAUAACGCCGGAGAUGCACACCAGCUUGAAAGGCCUUCUCAUGGCCAAAGAUUUCUGCAACCCAUGGAG